GUGCUGUAUUGCUAUCCUCCCCUGAUGGUUCAUCUCCUGGGAAAAUUUUCCCUGGGGCUCCGACCUUCCAGAGAUGUAGGGAUUGUAUUUCUAGGUGUAUAUGGAGUAUAUAUAUGUUAUAAAUAUAAGCCAACAGUAGCAGGAUCCUCCUUUAUAAACCAAUACUUCCUCCUGCUUGCAUGGGUGUAUAUUUUCGCAAUUUUGAUGGUUAUACUUAUUCACCACUGGAAUGAUUACCUAGCAGGCUCAUAUAUAUUAUAUAGGGUGUAUAUAAAGGCUAACUAUGGCCAAGAUCAGUGAGAAACAGGGCGGAUUAUUGAUAUCAUGUACAUACUAGAUAUAUUGAGUGAUAAGGUAUUUUACAUGUCAUCAGGGAGAUAUUUUAUGAUCAGACUGUUGUAGUACAUCCUAAAUACACUAGGAAGUAUUGUCCCAGUGUUACAGGACGAUCCACCUAGAAUUGAGAGCAGGGAAAGCAUAUAGAUAAGAAUUGGACUGUGGGAAACCUAAAAGGGC